GCGGCGGAGGAGGCUGCGGCCCGGGCGGCGGCGGCGGGCCGGGCGGCCGGAAUGGGGGCGGCGGCGGCGGCGGUGGGGCAGCGGCUGCUGCUGCGGGCGGCGGGGGCCGGGGCCGGGGCCGGGGCGGCCGAACGGGCGGAGCCGGCGCGGGGCCGCGGCGGGCUGUAGGCGGCGCCAUGGAGCGGCCCGGGAGCGGCGGCGCCGAGGGGGCCUGGGCCGCGCUGCUGGGCCGGCAGCACCAGCAGGCCCGGGAGUACUGCCCGGGGGUGAACAACCAGCCCUACGUCUGCGAGACCGGGCACUGCUGCGGGGAGACUGGCUGCUGCACCUACUACUACGAGCUGUGGUGGUUCUGGCUCCUCUGGACCAUCCUCAUCCUCUUCAGCUGCUGCUGCGCCUACCGGCACCGCCGGGCCAAGCUGCGCCUGCAGCAGCAGCAGCGGCAGCGGGAGAUCAACCUCAUCGCCUACCACGGUGCCUGCAACUACCCCACCUCCAUGAUGGACCUCAGGAUGCUGGCUUCCUUCAAGCUGCCUGCCUACGAGGAGGUGGCCCACCGCCCCAGCACGCCACCGCCGCCCUACAGCUCCAUCCUGGCCCAACUGAGCGGGCCCCGCAGCCGCCUGGGCUCCAGCAGCCUCACCCUCUCGCCCAGCUCAGAGAACUACACCAGCUGCUCCUGCGAGUCCAGCUGCGCCACCUCCCCCAGCAGCACCUCGCUCUCGGUGCAGGUGACGGAUGAGACGGAGCACAGCCGGGCCAGCACACCCAGCGAGGAGGGAGGUACCAGCAGCACCGGCACCGGCGCCAGCUGGGAGCUGCCCCCUGAGGAGGCGCCGGCCCGCGGGGCCCCGCACAAGCACGCCCUCUUCUCCUCCACCGUGGACUUCUUUGAGGCCGACUGCCACCCCUGCUCCGACAUCGAGGAGGGUGAGGAAGAGGAGGGCGGCGCAGCCCAGGAGGAAGGCAGCAGCAGCGAGCAUUUCCGGCACCGGCGCCUGACGGGGGACUCAGGCAUCGAGGUGGGGCGCUGCCAGGAGGAGGAGGAGGGCGAGGGUGAGGGCACCCACCUCCUGGGCAAGGCCGGUCCCACACACCCGCCGCGCUGUGGGCUGCCGGGCCAGGGGGACAGCGAGGGGCCUGGCUCGCCCGCACUGCCUGUCUGAGCCUGUGCCCACCAGUCAAGCCCUGCCCUCCCCGCUGCCUGCUAGCUUGCCUGGCCCUGUCCCGCUGCCUGCUCCCCCUGCCUGUACCCGGGGUGGGGGCAGGUGGCUGUGCCAAGGGCCCUGAGCCACGGCUGUGCCGUUCCAGCCCGUUCUGUCCUCCCCCCGCCUUGGAGCAGCUGUGGGGGGUGCAAUGGGUGUGACCCCCCCCUGCUCAGAGGGCGCCUGGUGCGGGGCAGAGCGGGACAGGCAGUGCUUCAGCGGGGGGCUGCCUCUUCCCUCCCGCUCCUGGUGCUGCCCCGCUGCUGGGGGCUUGGGGCAGCGUCCCUGGGGUCUGGACUCAAAGCUGUGGAGCCCCCGGGGGCCCCCUGCCCCAACAGACCCCCCUCCCCUGUGUCCCACCAUGUCCAGUACCUCAUGUGGCACGGCUGGGCCCCGUGGUGGCCCUGCUCUCAGUGUGGUCCUGCUGGAGCCCCCUCCCUUCUGAACUGCUUCCAGGGUCCGCAGCUACUGGGCCCCCACGCCUGCCCCGUCCCCACCCCUGCGCUGCCAGUGCCGCAGGCCCUGGGACUGGGGCCACUGCCUGUGGGGGGGUCCCCAUCUCUGCUGGGGGACGGGCAGUUCACGUAGCGUUCUCUCACCAUUAAAGAGAUGUGGAAGUACA